AUGAAUUCUUGUCAACUUUCACACUUGAUCACUUCUCUUUAUAUCACAUCUUCUUUCAUGAUUGCUUUCCUUUCUGCUCUACCUACGAUUUGGUUUAUUUUUCACCAUCAAUCUUCAAUUGGUUCAUUAGGUAUCUGGGUCACUUUAUCUAAUUUGAUUCAUGCUAUCAAUUCAACUGUUUGGAGGAAAGAUGUGAUUAAUCGUGCUCCAAUCUGGUGUGAUUUAAGUUCUAAAAUCAUCUUAAUCUAUUCAACAGGUUCGAUUUGUUCAUGUUUAUGUAUGGCAAGAUUCUUAGCAUACGCAAUGUCACCAAACCCAAUCAACUUAAAUCAUCAAACUAAAAAACUUAUCAAUUUAAGAAAUUGGUUCUUCUCUUUAGGUUUUCCAAUCUUUUUAAUCCCUUUUAGUUAUCUUUAUUCUCCUUUUAGAUUUAGUUUAGUUAGUUCGAUUGGUUGUGAAACUUCUUAUCAAAUCACUUGGCCUACUUUCUUUUUCUUUAUUAUUUGGAGUCCUAUCUUUUCUACUAUUGCCUCUAUCUAUACUUCUUAUGUUGCUGUAAGGCUUUGGAAAACAAGAAAAGUCUCCAAUGAUAAUCCCAAGAAUCAUGGCUCAAAAGUUCCAUUAAGAAGAUUAGCAUGGCUCUGUUUGAUGUAUACUAUUGUUGCAUUUCCUUUAUCAAUUUAUUACGCUUAUCUUUUAGUCUUCAGAGGAACUUAUGUUCCGUAUCAAAUUCACGCCUUUGAAAGUACAUCUGGUGAAAUUCAGUAUAUCAGUAAUAAACGAUACCCUGAUUUUAAUGACUCAUUAUCUAUCAUUGGUGGUUUAGUCUUUGUUGGAUUCUUUACAUUUUCAAAAGAAAUGAAAGUAGUUUAUAAAAGAAUGUUUGACAUUAUGAUUGAACAUUUUCUAUUUAUCUCAGAAAGAUUUCAAGAUUGGAUGAAAGAUUUAAGAAAUAGAAUUAUAUUCAAAUCUGGUUCGAUUUCAGAUGAUUUAGAAUUAUCUAUACUUUCAAAAAGACAUGGAUCAAUUCAAAUUUCUUCAAUUACUUCAAUUAGAACAGAUUCAAUUGAAGAAAGUAUACUAGUUUCAAAUGAUGAAGAAGAUCAUAAUAAACCUACUUUUUUUAAAGCUUUUCGUGAACUUCAUCAUCAAAUCAAUUAA